GGAGUCUGUCUCGAAUUUUCUGAAAAGGCUAGAGCACGUUUUCUUCGUGAUGGGUGAUCCGCUGACCCUCGAGAACUACAAGGCGCAGUUCGACGAGGAGGACCCUUUUGACACUGAAGACAUGGAGGAGCUGAGCGACUCCGAAACCUUCGGUUUCGAGUCCAUGCCGCUUCCUCGGGUGGUGGCACAUGGUGAAGAUGAAGGUGAAGGCGGCAAACAGAGAUACACCGCGUCCCCUCGAGGUUUAACGCGUGUGUUUGAACGCGACACAGUCGACGACCAAUCGUUUGAUGACGGAGAAGAAGACAAAGGCUACGAUUACGAGCCCUGCGACAAGCUCCCGAGCGACCAUGACACCUGGGAGAACGACAAACUCUUCUUCUACGGAAAACACCACCGAUUCACAGCGGAGGAUGUCUGGGGCCACAACGUCGUUUGGCACCCAAGGAUAUUUCAACCUGCUGUCAGGACUGGAAAGUGGGUCAUGGCAACAAAGGAAGCCGACGGCACGUGGAGCGGUCUCAGCAGACAGGGCACACAGGUCCGUUUAAGAGAAAGGCCAGAGAAGCUCUGGUGGAGCAUUUGCGAGUGAUGAACCCGGAAAGGAGCCCUGAGGACGUCACAUCAUACGCAACCGAAAAGCUCGACGAGCUGUACUUGAACAAAAUGUUUGAGUUUAG